CUGGUAUAAGAGGGCGCUCCUCCAAGGGCUGGCACGCUGGGCUCCCAGCUCAGGCCCUGGCUGACAUCAGAUCAGACCCAGCCAGCUCCAGCAGCAGUGGCCAGUCCUCCUGAGGUGAACAGAGAGGCUGAGAGCACCAUGGCGCGAUCCUCUCUCCUUUUCCUGCUGGCUCUGUCACUGUGCUUAGCCCUGGGGAUCACUGGACAGGAAGAUCAGGGCAACAAGAGUGGAGAGCGGAUCAUCGACGGCUACCCCUGUGAGAAAGGCUCACAUCCCUGGCAGGUGGCCCUACUCCGAGGCGACCAGCUCCACUGUGGGGGCGUGCUGGUCCACGAGCGCUGGGUGCUCACUGCCGCCCACUGCAAGAUGAGUCAGUACACUGUGCAGUAUGGCACUGACAAGAUAGGUGACAGGAAUGCGCAGAGGAUGAAGGCCACCAAGUCAGUCCGCCACCCUGGCUACUCCACAAAGACACAUGCCAAUGACCUCAUGCUAAUCAUGCUGAAUAGGCCUAUCAGGAUGUCCAGCAAAGUGAAGAAAGUCAACCUGCCCACCCGCUGCGAGCCUCCAGGGACCUCCUGUACUGUCUCAGGGUGGGGCACCACCACCAGCCCAGUCGCUACCUUCCCCAAGGACCUCAUGUGCUCUGAUGUCAAGCUCAUCUCAUCCCAAGACUGCAAGAAGGUUUACAAGGACCUCCUCGGCAAAACCAUGCUGUGUGCCGGCAUCCCAGAUUCCAAGACCAACACCUGCAACGGUGACUCAGGGGGACCGCUGGUGUGCAAUGACAACCUGCAAGGUAUCGUGUCCUGGGGAACCUUUCCCUGUGGACAGCCCAAUGACCCAGGGGUCUACAGCCAAGUUUGCAAGUACACCAGGUGGAUAAACCAAGUCAUAUCAAGGCGUCGCUGACAGACAAGCGAGGCCAAGCAACUGUGUACUGUCAAGAGAAAAUCCACAGAAAUCGGGGCGUCAAGGUUGACGAACAAGUCACUUCCAGCUCUACCUUUCUUCAAAGAUACUUUCAAACCUCAAAGCACACCACAUCUGUAAACCAGUUUUUAAAAAAAUGUCAAGGAUCAAAAACCAAAGGGAGAAAAGAAAAGCCUCACUGAGGUGGUGGGUGUUGUAGGGAGAAGAUGGCUGUCAAUACGGA